UCAACUUUCUUUUUAUUCCAAAUGGGUGUUAUUGAAGAUAUUGGUUAUAUUUCCACCAGGUUGUUGGUACUAAUGAUGUAAUGAAUUACUAGGGGCGUCUAAUUAUUUUGUAUAUAGUUGUGAAGGAUGUUGUUAGACAAAAAGUCAUUCUGUUUGUAAUUCCGUUUGGUGACAGAAGGCUAGUUGGUGCAGAAAUGACAUGCUUCACCAUCAUCUCCUGCACUGUUGCGCUCAAAUUUUAUUUGAAUUGUGCGUAAACAUGGGUAAACAAUGGGUUUUUAUUAAUUUUCCAGGAAAUCGGGCAAUAGGAGGAGCCACUAUACAGUCAUCAACAUCUGUGGACUGGUUUGCUGAAAGGGCUGUUGAUGGUAAUCGAGGUCUCCAGCAGUUGUAUACGGGAUGCUCCUCAACCCUUAAUGAGACAGACCCGUGGUGGAGGCUGGAUCUGCAUGAUGUCUACCGAGUUAGUAAAGUGGUCGUCACUAAUAGAAAAGACUGCUGUGCAGAACAAAUAAACGGAGCGGAGAUUCACAUCGGAAACUCUUUGGAGAACAACGGCAUCAACAAUCCCAUAUGUGCUGUUAUUCCUGCUAUUCCAGCAGGUGAGUCCUACAACUACUCAUGUGAUGGACUGGAUGGACGUUACGUGAUUAUUCAUGUUCCUGGAGACCGGAAGAUUCUUGCGCUUUGUGAGGUUGAAGUCUACGGGUAUUUGGCAGAAAAUCUGGCAGUAUCUGGAGCUGCUAUACAGUCGUCAACAUCUGCGGACUGGUUUGCUGAAAAGGCCAUUGAUCGAGGUCUCCAGCAGUUGUAUACAGGAUGCUCCUCAACCCUUAAUGAGACGGACCCGUGGUGGAGGCUGGAUCUGCAGGAUGUCUACCGAGUUAAUAAAGUGGUCGUCAGUAAUAGAAAAGACUGCUGUGCAGAACAAAUAAACGGAGCGGAGAUUCGAAUCGGAAACUCUUUGGAGAACAACGGCACCAACAAUCCCAUAUGUGCUGUUAUUCCUGCUAUUCCAGCAGGUGAGUCCUACAGCUACUCAUGUGAUGGACUGGAUGGACGUUACAUGAUUAUUCAUAUUCCUGGAGACAUGAAGAUACUCACUCUGUGUGAGGUGAAGGUCUAUGGAGAAGCUGUAGUCAGUGAGGAGCUGGGUUUUAUGGACUAG